GAUGCAUUGCAGGUGAAAUGAGUAAUCGAGCUAGACGCAAUGCUUUGUAUUGAUUUCAAGCGGGGGCUAACGUAUUUUCUGAAAACGAAUUAUAAUUGCCUUCAAUCUGUGCUUUAAAGUUAAAAGAACGGAAAGGUGGUUGCUUUCAAGCUGUGAAUAACAGUUUAAUGAACGGAAAACCUGUAUGUUAAAAGGAAACGAGAUUUAAAAAAAAUACCUUAAGUCGAUAACGUUGUUAACAAAAUACAUUCACAACAAGUACCAGUUUUUUGUUGAUGUGGUAAAGGGAUGCAGAACUCGUUUAAGAGUAAUAUUCCUGAUUGGAACUGACAUGGAGACAUCUAAACAGACGUCCAUAGAUGUAGAGCAGGAAAAUAAUGACGACGAGAAACGACCCUUGCAUGGCGAAGUACCGGGACGAAUAUCUUCAGCCAAACAUAUCGUUCAUGUUAUAAACUAUGGUACAGAUAACAGAUGAUAUUGCUGUCGGUAUCGUAACCAGUAGUGUCAUUGAGUGUGGUUCACAUUCAAACGACUCGAACGCAUCAGCGGAGGUCCUACUCGAGACAUCGUCUGCACCAUGAUAAAAGCGUGCAGAAACGGCCAAACCAGAGGAAAACACCAGUUGUGUUUGUCCAACUGCAUGCGCGGCUUCGGAUAUGUUGUCAAAGCAUUCUGUGGCGCAAUCGGGACGUGUGUCUGCCAAUGUGCGAAUAGAUUGUUACUGAACCUCUUCCUUCCGCUUUGUUCGAUGAGCAUCGCGAUAUCGAGCGUUGUUUUGCCUUACUGGGCCUGGGGUGAAGAAGACAAAGUAGCUGUUGGCUUGUUCAAAUGCUGCAAGUUUACCGAAAAGGACGUUAAUGACUGUUCACCAUUGUCUAACUGUGUUCCAUCAGAUUCUAAAAUUAAUUCGUUCAGCAAAGCAACUGCCGGGCUUCUGAUCACAUACAUUAUUUUAAACGGUUUAACAAUCUUACUGACAGUAGUAAGCCCACCAAGACAAGACUCUAAUCAGACAGAUGAGUCUCCAUGUUGCAAUGGAUUUUUUUGCGGCUACCAUUGGUUACAUCGGCAUCAUCGUAUUCUUAUCCGGUGUCAUCCAAUCAGAGAGCCUAACCAGAUUCCCACUCCGCCUGUCAAUUCAUCUGGCGAUGAUAUCAUGUGCUGUGAACAUGUCUUAUGCGUUUUGUUUAGAGAGCCUAAGAUUAUCGUCAGUGGACUAUGUAUAUGGGGUGAAAACAAGGACCAAUGCACGUCAUGA